AUGUUCAAAUUAGAUGAAAAUAAAGAUAUCAUAAAGGGUAAAAGUAUUCGGAUAUGUCUCAAUCAGCAGUAAAAAUAAUAAUAAGAUGCCACAAUUCAAGAAUAAAUAAAACUCGAAAUAUAGCCAAUUUUGGACAUUUUCAAAGAGAAAAAAUCUGAAGUAUUAAUUCCAUAGGUUAUAAACACAAAUUCUUCCUUAAUCCAGGAAAGAAAAAGCUCUGUUGAUGCUCAAAGCAAUUCAAAGACAAAUUUAAAACCUUAUGCAGUUUAUCUAGGUAGACAGAAUGACCAAGAAUAUAUAGAUUUUAGCCUAUAAGAUUAUGCACUAACCUCAGAUGAUGUUGAGUUGUCUAGAAAAAUAGGCAUUAGUGAAGAUCAACUUGCAUGGAUAAUUGAUUCAUUCGAAAAACUUAUUAAUACUAAAAAGCACUAUAAGAAGUUUAUUCUUAUUGGAGAGGAAAGAGAUCCCAAAUAGGAAGCUGUCUACUAAGAUAAUUUUGGAGAAGAUAUGACUUGCAUAGUGAAGAUUCCCAUGCAAUCUUUAGGGAGAGAGAAAAAAUACCCAGAAGCAUUAAUCAUUUAAAAUUAGCUACUUUAAGAUGAAACUAAACUCACUGAUGAGGAUUCAAAUACUGAUUAAAGACCAAAUUUCAAACUGGAGAGGAAUAAUAAAAACAAAAAGUAAAAUACCAAGAAGAGGAAGUAUGGGUAAUUUGUUUCAUCUACAAAAAAGAAAAAAAAGAAAAAUAAUUUUUCUGAUCAGUCUUCUUCAUCAUAUGGUGAUUUUGCCGAAAGUGAGGAUGAUUUUAUAGAUUUUGAAGAGGAUUAGGAGGAUGAAUAUUAUCAAAAGAAUAUUAUGGAUGAGUCUGAUUUAAUUAAAGAUUAUGAGGAUGAGGAGAUUAUUCAAACUAUGGGAGAUUAAUCUCCUUAGUAAGCACCCAUAAAUACAGAGACAACAAAAAAGAGAGAUAAGAUAUUUAACCUUAUUAAUAAAUCUCAUAAGAAAUUUAAGUCCAAUAAUCAAAACGAGAUUUCAACAUCUAGUGCUAUAACUAAUGAUAGCUAAUAAAUUGGUCAGAAAACCAUAUAAAUCAGACUAAAUCUAAAUAAUAAUGAUUUUAAGUAACAUGAUCAAAAAUAGAUAAACAAUAACAAUAAUCAAAAGCUAAAUUUUAAGAGAUACUCUAUAAAUGCUGCUUAAAAUAGGUCAAGUUCAAAGCCAGAUAAACUUGAUCAGCAACAGAAUUAGGAUACUAAUAAAAUCUAUUAAAAAUCAGAUUAAAGUUUAGGAUUAAAUUGGGCUUAAUGCAAGCUAGAUAUUUUUACUUAGAUAACAGCUGUACUUAACUAAUAUACCACUCCUAAUAAAAUAGCUUUUUAUGAUCUCGAUAAUAAAGACUAGCUUAAUCCUAAAUUGAAAGAAGUAUGCAAUAACGCUGACAAUUUUAGUAGAAUAAAGACGACUUUUUAAAACCCAGUAGAUAUCUUUGAACAAGAAAAAAGACUGCGAAACAUGGCAGAUGAAAGUUCAGAGGCUACUACAAAUGACUCAAAUUAAGAUUAAGCCGAAUCAAUCGUACUAAGAUAAAACAGAGCAAGAUAAAUGACUAUUAAAAAGAUAAAGCCUCCACAAGAAGAAAUUAAAAAGCCCAUCUCUAACUAGGAACUUUAUAAUUAACUAUAUAAAUAGAGAAAGUUAAAACUAGCGACGAUAAUUACUACAAAUACGUAGAAUUAGACUAUUAGACCAUAAAUGAUAUAACAAACUACAAAUUUAAACUCACUUCCAUUGAUUAACAAUGAUGAGUUAUUGUAGAUGGCAGAAAAAAUGAAUAAUUUUGAUUCUAUUGAUGUAUCAGACGAUGAGAUCAUUGAGCUUCCUAAGGAUAGAUAUUCACAAGAAUUGGAGUAACUGCAAUAAAAUACUCGAAAAUAAUUCAAAUAAUUCAAGCAAAGAAACCUGAUGAGAGAAUAGCAACAAACCUAUUUAGAUUCCUCAAUAAUCAGCAAAUAUUAUGAUUGA